CUGGAAUACAAUCCUCAGAAAGUCUGUUUCGAGCGUGUUCAUCAGGAAACAUUUGGUAAAACAGGCUGUCGACGAAUCAUUCCUGGCCAAUAUUUGGCUGUUGAUCCAAAAGGCCGUGCUAUUCUUAUUGGCGCAGUUGAACGGCAAAAACUGGUCUACAUAAUGAAUCGUGAUGCAGCAGCAAAUUUGACGAUCAGUUCACCGCUGGAAGCACAUAAAUCACAUUGUAUCUGUUACAGUGUUGUUGGUGUAGAUGUUGGAUUUGAAAACCCCACAUUUGCUUGCUUGGAAGUCGAUUAUGAAGAAAUUGACCACGAUCCAAGUGGACAUCUAUUGACAAAAGUACCUCAAACUUUAACAUUCUACGAACUGGAUCUUGGACUGAAUCACGUGCCAUCAUACAAGUUUAUUGCAGUUCCCGGUGGUCAGGAUGGGCCAAGUGGUGUGAUUGUUUGUUGUGAGAAUUAUUUGGUCUACAAAAAUCUUGGCGAUCAGCCGGAUAUCAAGUGCCCAAUACCACGAAGAAGAAAUGAAUUGGAUGAUUGCGAUCGUACUGUGAUUAUUGUAUGUGCGGCAACACAUAAAACAAAACUUAUGUAUUUUUUCUUGGUACAAACUGAUCAGGGUGAUAUUUUCAAGGUCACACUCGAAAGCGAACAUGAUAUUGUUACGGAAUUGAAGAUCAAAUAUUUUGACACAAUACCAGUGGCCAAUGCUAUGUGCAUUUUGAAAACGGGAUUUCUGUUCACUGCAAGUGAAUUCGGCAAUCACCAUCUUUACCAGAUCGCACAUUUGGGUGACGAGGAUGAUGAGCCCGAAUUUUCAUCGCGAAUGCAACUUGAUGAAGGCGAAACGUUCUUCUUCGCACCUCGUAAACUCACAAAUCUCGCGGCUGUUGAUGAACUGGACAGUCUGUCACCGCUCAUCACUUCAUAUAUUGAUGAUUUGGCCGAUGAAGAUUCACCACAGAUUUACACACUGGUCGGACGCGGAGCUCUCUCAGCCGUUAAAGUACUGCGAAACGGAUUGGAAGUGACCGAAAUGGCUGUGUCCGAAUUGCCCGGUAAUCCGAAUGCAGUUUGGACAGUUCGACGGAAUAUUGACGUUACUGAUUCUGGUUUUCUUGGCACAACGCCAACACUUGGCUGCGCACUUAUUGGUGAUGAUGCACUGCUACAGGUUUAUCCAGAUGGUAUUCGUCAUAUUAGGGCUGAUCGUCGAGUGAAUGAAUGGAAAGCACCGGGGAAACGUGCAAUUGUGCGAUGUGCAUUGAAUCGAAGGCAAGUAGCAAUUGCACUUGCUGGCGGUGAAAUUACUGGACAAUUGAAUGAAUAUACAGAGAGACGCGAACUUCCAGCUGAUGUGCUGUGCAUGAGUUUGAGUGAAAUUCCGGAAGGCGAGCUACGAUCACGUUUUCUAACGAUUGGUCUGGCUGAUAAAACUGUACGAAUUAUAUCGUUGGAUCCACAGGACUGCCUUUCACCGUUGAGCAUGCAAGCACUGCCAUCUGAGCCAGAAUCAAUCAUCGUAUUGGAAAUGUUUGGUACGGAGACGCAAAGUGCUUCCACUGUGCAUUUGAAUAUUGGUUUACAGAAUGGCUGCUUACUACGAACCACGGUAGACCAAGUUACCGGUGAACUGACCGAUAACAGGACACGUUAUUUGGGAACAAGAAGUGUGAAGUUGUUCCGUGUUAAAAUUCAAAAUAAAGAUGCGAUAAUGGCAGCAUCGUCUCGUGCUUGGCUUCUCUACGAUUAUCAGAGUCGUUUUCAUUUAACGCCACUUUCUUAUGCAACACUGGAAUAUGCAGCAGGCUUCUCCUCGGAGCAAUGCCCAGAGGGGAUCAAUAUCCACAACUUUUUAUUUUCCAGAAUUUUAUCUCUGGAAAAACUGGGUGCCGUUUUCAAUCAAGUUGUUCAUCCACUGGAUUAUACACCAAGACGUAUGGUAGUGCACAAACCAUCAGGCAAUUUGGUGAUCAUUGAGAACGAUCAUGCAGCCUUUACAGCCAGAGGAAAAGAAGAACGUCGAAAGCAACUUGCUGAGGAGCUACUAGAAGUAGCGCAAGAAGCCGAAGAAGCAGAUCAGCAAGCAGUGAGAGAAAUGGCUGAUGCAAUUCGUAACGAAAAAGUCGAUGAACGAAUUUAUGGAUCGCCAAAAAAUCAGAAAGGCAAAUGGGCCUCAACAGUUCGGAUAAUGCGAAGCUCAGAUGGUGAAACGAUAUCUCAUUUUCCUUUCGCUACCGAUGAAGCAGCAUUUUCGUAUGUUUUCAAAACGAGUUUUUUUUUUAGUCUCAACAAUGUUUAA